AGGAAGCUGUUUUGCCCUGUUUUGUACAGUAUAAGUUCUGCGUAGUCGCUCAGACUGAAUUGGAACCGGCUACUGGAGGACAAAACGAGAGUUAAGGAAGUCAGUGGUGCUUUAAGAGGGCCAUUAAGGUAAAGCCAGAGGCUCUAGAGACAACUUUGAUGAAGGAAGCAAACAUCCACUGCCCUUAGCCCAAGUCAGAAGAGAGGUGGCGUAGUUCCGGCCUCAGACUGGUCAUGCUGCCAGUGUGAGAUCUCUAGAGAUUAUAUGAGCCCCGCGAUGGCAGCUUUGGCAGGUUUUGAGUCUGGUACUGGACCAAGGACAGGUGAGAGGAGGCUGUCCUGGCCAGUUUUCCUGCUGACGCUGGUUGCUGUCACCUCCUCCUCUCUUUCAGCUUUGUCCCUGUACCAACUGGUGGCUCUCAGAGCUGAGGUAGAGGGACUCAAAUCAGAGGUGUAUCGCAGGAGAGAAGAGGGACAAGAGGCUAAACAUGCAGGACAGACCGAGAACAUGAGUAGGAGAAGCAGCCAAGAGCCUCUGCACCAACCUGGGGCUCAAGAUGCGUUCACCCUGACAAGGAAUAGAAGGUUGGUCUCUGGAUCAGAGACAUUAGUUUCUCAGCCUUGCCUGCAGUUGUUGGCAAACAGUAGCAGGAAAACCUUCAGGAAAGAAUAUAAGUCGGAGCCACACACAGGUAUCCCCUGGCAGGCUGGGCUGAGGAGAGGCUCUGCCCUGGAGGCAGACGGAGACUGCAUGUUGGUCAGAGAGGAGGGCUUCUACUUUGUGUAUGGCCAGGUCUACUACAUAGACAGCACCUUUGCAAUGGGUCACGUGGUGAUUCGGAGGAAGAGGAAUGUGGUGGGAGACGAGCCUCAGUCUGUGAUCUUGUUCCGCUGCAUCCAGAAUAUGAACCCUGUUCACCCGUACAACACCUGCUUCACAGGAGGUAUCGUGAAGCUGGAGGCCGGCGACCACUUGGAGCUGCUGAUCCCCCGUUCCACAGCCAACGUGUCCCUGUAUGGAGACGCCACCUUCCUGGGUGCUGUCAAACUGGCUUAAAGUGUGUCGCCUCACUUUGGACCCUGCGGGAUUCUGUUGUGUUGGGGAAGAGGUGCCAUAAUGGGAGGCGAGUGAGCAACAAGGCACAGUUCUGGUGACCUCGCGUGACUUUGGGUGAUGUGAAUUAUGUGAUGUGAGGUGAGAAGGAUACAGGAAGCAGCGAAUUCUGUGCUGGCUGAGAGACAGACUGUGUGACUCCUAGCAUGUUGAGCCUGAGGGAACAUGAAGGGGACUGUGAGCUGUAGCGCAAGCUUUACUCUUAAAGGGACAGUUCACCCCAAAAUAAAAAAUAUGUAUUUUUCCUCUUACUUUUAGAGCUGUUCAGUCAAGAUCGUUUUGAUGUGAGUUGCUGAGUGUUGUAGAGAUGUCCACCUUCUUUCAAAUAUAAUGGAACUAGAUGGCACUCGGCUUGUGGUGCUCAAAGCACCAAAAAUACAUUUGAAAAGCUCAACAGCAACGUCUCUUUCCAGAACUCAUGACCCAGUCACUCAAGAGGAUCCACAGACCUUGUUGUGAGCACUUUAAUGUAGGAACUAUUUUCAUUCCACCAAACCACACCCACUAACUGCAUCACCACGCAGAAGGAAUUGUGCAUCAACUGCUAGCUCACCUAGCGCCGCUGAGCUAGCUAACGUUACAGCUCAGCUGAAGAGGACACCAUUAGCCUCUAGAUGCACGCUUCAUAUGUCCAACGAAUGUCCAACACUUCAUAUGUCCAAUGAAUAGCACUGCAGUUAAGAGGAAAAACAUGUAUUUUUUUUAAUUUUGUGAGGAAAUGUUCAUUUAAAAAUGUAUUCAACUUAUAGCUACAGCUGUAUUACAUUAAUUUCUACCACACAUCAAGACAAGAUAUAAAACCGCCAAGUAUAUUUUCUUUAAAUCAUCACAAACAUUUGUUAAGAUCUGACUUAUUAGACAUGACUUUGUCUGACUUGUAAGAGAUGUUUUACUUACACUGUAAUGAUCAAUAAGUCUUUCAUCCUGUAGCAGCAGCAUCACUGAAAUACUCCUUCUCACCUGCUUUAUUAUUUUAGAUAUUUUCACAUAAGCAAGAGUGGUUUGAUUUAUCACCUGAGUGCCAUGAUUUUAUAUAAGCUUACCUGUACCGUAUAUGUCUAACUGAUUGAAAAUCUGGAUGCAAUAAAGUGACAGUACAAGCUAUGACAUCA